ACAGAAGAAAUUCACAAAGCAAGCAAAGCAAACAAGUUUUGUGUUAUUUCUCUAUUUGUGUUUCUUUUGAAUAAGUAAUAAAUGGUCACGUUUUAAUACACCAUUUGAGAAAUUAACAUAAUCGAGAAAAUUACAACUGUGAACUAUGGCUGAUUCGGGAGUAGAUACCAGCAAUGAAAGUAGCGACAACCCGAUUUUCGACCAUUCGCAGUGUGUGUUGGAAUUUAAUCCUCGAGCAAUACCCAUCAAUCUCGCGGGGCAGCCCAUGCCCGUGGAGUUCUUAAGUGAACCCAAUCCACACGAUCACAUCGGUAAAAUCAAGUGUUCUACCAAAGGGAGACACUGCAGGCUUAAGUAUCGGUACGGUGGGACAAUCUGCUCGUCUAGAAACCAGAAACUUCGUUUCGCCGCCUCCACAAACAACACAGAGCUCGUAGAGAAGUUGUUGCUCUUAGGGGCUGAUCCUAAUUCGUCAGAUGAGUUCAAAAGGAGCCCACUGCACCUGUCUUCGUGCCGCGGCUACGUGGACGUGGUGAGAACAUUGUUAAAACACGGCGCUAACCCGAAUAUCAAGGAUACCCUGGGCAACACUCCUCUCCAUCUCGCAGUUUGUAUGAAUCAUGUGAAAGUAGUGAUAGAAUUGCUGGAUGCAGGUACUGAUGUCAGCUCACAUGAUAAUAAUGGGCGCAACCCUAUCCAGCUUGCACAGAGCAAGCUUAAGCUGAUCCAGAUGCGUCCCAGUGUUGCAGGACACUUUGAGGAAACCAGGCAAUUGAUUGCUGACAUCUGCUUGGUGGUAGAAAUGAUGUUAAAGUUCAUGAGGAUGCAGAAAGCUGAUCCUGGCGAGCUGGAGUCUGUGCGGGAGAGGCUGGAACGCGUCAGCACUCGGGAACAAGUUGACUGCGAAGUCCAGAAUCUACUUGACAGUCUAGACUCUUUGAAGCUCAGAUAAAAUUACUUUACAGAAUAAGAUUGAAGACUGCUUACAAAUUAAUGGUAACUACUGCCUAACAUGAGCUCACAAUUUUACAGUAGAAUAGUGUGACUAAGAUGUUCAAUAAUAUAUUGACAAGUGUAUGAGGUCCAACUGUAACAAACUUACAUGAACUGUAUUUUUUUUUUUGAUCUCACACUUAUUUUAGUACCUCACCAUUGCUAAAGGUCUGAAUAUCUGGACAUGCAUUUGCAUAAGUUGGAUAAUUUUGUUUUGAUUUCAUGUAUUGCAAGACACACUCAAAGAUAUCUUAACAUCCAUCCAACAACUUGCUAAUAGAGUGGGUGUUAAGAUAUUGUACUAAUUUAAUAGUAUAUUUAAAUUAAAAACAUGUUACUGUUGUGUAAUUUCACAUUAAAUGUCAGUUUCAUUACAACAUGCUAUGUCCUAAAGUUGCAUUUUACAUGUAGCUAUACAACAUCUGAGGCAACUUUCACUAAGAGUUUAAGUUCCAUCAGCUUUGGGAGCUUCCCAAAACCACAAUGGCUUUUCACGCUAAAAACUCCACACAAUGAUCAAUAGGUAAGUUAAGCAUAAAUUACUUGGUAGAGAAUUUAUUUACCUACUUACUUUUGUAAGUUUUACUACUGUAGGUUUCAAUUUGUUAGAAUGAGAGAUGAAUAAUGUUAUCUCCUUCUAAAAAAUAGCUGUCUCUAUGGGUCUUGACAUUUACCAUUGGGCGAACGCUAUAAAAUUUUAGGCUAAUUUUUCUUUAAAAUAUUGAGAGCCAGGAACCCACUUGGCUGGUUAUCUGUUUGUAGUCGCUCUCCUCUACAAAGUGGGAAAACACUGGGAUUGGCUACAAUCUAAUCUAAACAUAUUGCUCUAGCAUAUUGAAAUGAUACGAGGCAUAUAAUAAAAUUUAUAUUUUCGAUAUUCAGUCUUCUGGGCCCUACUUUAGUAAAACUUACAAGUGUAAGUCUGACCUUAUGAUAACAAUUAUAUGUAUAUCUUUAAGUAAUGAAGUUUUAAGAAAUGCUACAAAUUUAGGUGAAGAUGACUAUUUAUAAGUAUGAUUACCAGACAUAGGAAUCUGUGAGGCAAAAUUGUUUGACAAGUAGGGAGUUCCUGUAUCAAUAAACUCAACUAUCAAUACACUAUAUACUAGUGAUCACUCAAGGGUUUGCUUGUAAAAAUAAGCUCUAAGACAAGACAAUAUUAUAAUUUUACUCAUCCCAAUUUUUUUCUUCGUGAAUGUCCCAUUUACUAUUAUUAAAGUAAACAACCAGAAUUUGUUCCAUAUUUUCGGGAAUUGGGAUGAGUAAAAUUAUAAAAUUGUCUGGUCUUGUCUUAAAAACAAAGAAGAGUAUAUUGAGUUGUUAUUUAAUUAUUUUUUGAAUCUUAAUAAAAACAUAUUUUUACAAGCAAACUUGAGUGAUCACUAGUAUAUAGAACUAGCAUCGAUAGUCGAGUUUAUCGAUACAAACUCCCUACUUGUCAAAUAAUUUUGCCCCACGGAUUCCUAUGUUUGAUGAUUACUUUUUAUUUGUACACUAGAGUGUAGUAAAUUUUCGGAUGAAUUUAAAUAACAUUGAAGUGGGAUAAUGUUAUUUUAUAUUAUAGUUAUUUUAAUCGUAAAUAAAAUUUGUUAAUAGAUAAAUACAUUGUAAUAAUAAAGUUUUUGAAUUUAUUAAAUUGCAAAA